GGCUGAUAGCACUAGCACAGGCUACAUUACAAGGAGGCAGCUGGUGAAUAGGAGCAGAGUGGGAGAGAGACAUAGCGCUAACACAGGACUAAAACAAAAGAAAACACGGGAUGGAAUAAAGCAGGGCAGCGCUGAGUUGCUCAGUUUCUCUCUGUCAACUGACGCUGGCUGAAGGACUUUGUUUCGUUUGAUUUCGUGCUCUGGUGACGGGUGAUACAACAAUUGAAAAUGCGCCUGGCAGUUUGAACUGUGAUGGGGAAAGACGCUGUCGUUGUAAGGUUGGAUAUCGAUCAACUCGGCCGUCUGUGUCGUCUCCUUCACGUUUAAACUUCACUGUUAUGCUGUGCUGAAUGGUUUUGCGAGGAUAUACGAUUUGAAAACAACAACAGCUGAAGCGAAACCGUGUCGGCUAGCUCGCUAGCGGCUGUUAACUUAGCAUUGGCAUUAGCCUGCUCCUCAUGGUGGACAUUUAAAUACCACUUCAAGUGGAAUUAUCGUGGCAGUUAACGUUGCUGGAAAAGUGUUGGUUUUAUGUGGAAAUUACUCGAGCGGCUUCAAGUUGCUUCCCCAAAAGAGCUUGUUCUCUUGAGCUGUAUUUAUAACUUUGUCAGAGACUAUCCUUCAGAAAUGAAUCACCACGACCGAUCAGGAGACCCCGGCAGCGCCCGAAAAAUGGUUUACCCCGUGAGCUUACCCAGACGGGAAAGCAGUAACAGCACGGUAGGUGGUUCCUCCUCAUUGACAACUUCGGGAAGCACCAGCUUUAAUAGCAACAACUUAAUGCUAGGGGACGAGUAUCCACCACCGGUGCUGAUUCAGUCUCAAACACCGGCCGCAUCCUCGCUUGGGCCUCAGAACCCUCCUCAGAGCCUCAGUAUCCCCUUGCAGACCACUAUAUUUCCCCAAGCUCUGCCCACUGCAGUGGCACAGAUGAAGAAGAAGAGUGGCUUUCAGAUCACCAGCGUUACCCCUGCUCAGACAUCUGUCAGCACCAAUAACAGCAUUACAGAAGACACAGAGAGUUGUGACGACUUGGAUGAGUCCCACACCGAGGACUUAUCAUCCUCAGAGAUCAUGGAUGUGUCCCUUUCGCAGAACAACAAUGCAGGAGGACCGGAAAGGAGCUCCUCAGAGGAGACGCUGAAUAACUUUCAUGAGGCGGAGACCCCGGGGGCCGUGUCGCCCAACCAGCCACCCAUCCUCACCCAAGCACACAUGCAUGGCACCAUGGUUAAUGGGACAGUUCACCAUCAUCACCAUAAUCCUGCUUCUUCUAAAAAAGCCCCUCCUGCUGGUGGGACACAGAUUGGGAAUCCUUUGGGAGUUGCAGUCACAUCUUCAGUGACUUCAGUAGCUAGCACAGGCCAGAAAAUGCCUUCAAAUGUGGUAGGAUUGAUUGCGAAUGCCUCUGUUGGCACAACCAGUGUCGUCGGCCAGCCUUUGGCUACUGUCGCCUCCGGAACUGGAAUGAUCUCUGUGACUUCAGGUGCCACAAUUAGUACUGGUAAUCCUUUAACAAAUAAUGUUUGUAUGUUAAAUUCCACCAGUGUGCCUGCAGUGGGUGGCAAGAGUACCAAUAUUAGCAGUGUAAACUACUCCCCUGCUUUGAAUAGUAUUAGUAACCAAACCGUAAACUUGACACACAUUCCCAGUGGAAUAAUCGGCACGAGUGUCACCGCUGCUCUGACAGCUUCCGGUGGUGUUGCUCCGACAGGCGCAGGGCAGGUGGGGCCAUCUGUCGUAGGCCAGCAUGCAGUGCCUGCUCCCUCUGCCCCAGUGAUGAAUGCUCAUCCUCCGCAGGCCCAAGUGCCUCCUCCUGCCUCCACCAGCUCACGUUUCAGAGUGGUCAAAUUGGACUCUACUUCUGAGCCUUUUAAGAAGGGUAGGUGGACGUGCACCGAGUUUUAUGACAAGGAGGUCCCGGGUGCGGCGUCCUCUGAAAAUGCCCCCAGCACCAGAACGGUCGAAAGCAUUCGCCAGUUUGUGCCUGAGAGUGUUGUGUGUCCAGACAGAGAGUCUGUAAGUGGGGGUUCUGUCAGCAGCUCGACCAACCAUUACACAGACAGUCUGGGUAACGGAGAGACUGGUGGCUCCUCGGCUGCGAAACAGACCUUCCAACAGCCCGUUGCUCAAAAGCAAGACUACUCCUCUUCCAGCAUGUCCAUGUCUCAGAGGCAACCCCAGGACUUAGUCCAUGCUCACCUUAAGACUAAUGCAGUAGCACCAAUGCCGGCGAGCAUUCAGCAGCCGCCGCCAGGAACUAUCGGCGGACUGCAGAACACAAUCGGGCAUUCGUCUACAGCUGUGCCCACACAUAUGCCCAAACUGACAUAUGCCCAGGCAGCACAAUCCUCUCCUGUGGUGACCCAGCAGCAGAUUGGCUAUUCGCCCGCACCAGCCCAGGUAGCACCAGCAAAUGUUAACCCCUUAAUCCAGGGAGGCAGCCUACCACCUGACUUCCCUCAAUCUAAGCAGGUCAUGAACACUGUGCCACCUGGGUCAACACAAACACUGCCCCACCUGCCCGCCCCCAUCCCGAUCGUGGCUUCUCAACCCUCUGCUGCUCAACCUCUUCAGCAAGGCCUCCUGCAGCCACAACAGGCACCCACCGCGCAGAUGGUGCAGAUCGUGUCCCAGCUGGUGCAGUCGGGCACCGGUCUCGUACAGCAGACCCAGGGGCAGCAGCUCGCCCCUCAACCCUCCGUGGAGCAGCAGUCACAAGCUCGUGGCACACAGUUUGUCCCGGCCGUGACCUCAUCAGGCAUUCCUCCUAAACUUCAGAGUGAUUCGCAGUCCGGUUUGAUACAGAACGGCUCAAAAGAGACCGGGCCGCAGCCUGCAUUUAUGCCCAGAACGCUGGAGGAUGCCCAGCUCCUUCUGUUACAGCACCAGUCUCUGCUCAUGCAACCCAAGCCAGCCGGUGGUGAAUGUGCCUCCCAGAUGGGCACUUCCCGUGGUCCAGAGGGAAGCAGUGGAGUCAGUGCCUUAACUGCCUCCGCCAGCCUGCUGAAGAGCUUACCUGUGGAUGGAGAGGAUGAUGGCUCAUCGGGUGCCAGUGUUGUGGCCAUAGACAACAAAAUUGAACAAGCGAUGGAUCUUGUGAAGAGUCACUUGAUGUAUGCUGUCCGUGAGGAAGUGGAAGUGUUGAAAGAACAGAUUAAAGAACUGAUUGAGAGAAAUUCUCAACUGGAACAAGAAAACAACCUGCUGAAGAACCUGGCCAGCCCGGAGCAGCUCGCACAGUUCCAGGCUCAAGUCCAGACCGGCUCGCCCCCGUCGUCCUCCUCCACGCAAGGAGCGCAGCAGCCGCCCGCCCCGUCGGCCCAGCUGGCAGCACAAAACUCUGGACCUUCGGCGUAGCGCAGGAUGAAAGUUCCCGUUGAGGGCGACGGAGUGUCUCGAACCGUAAAGGAAACGGACUGAAGCUUAUGAACAAACAUGCCUCAUUCACAUGUUAGACUUUUGAAAUUUGCACACCUUUCAAAACUUGACGCAUGUCGAUCCGAGGUGAUUUAUACACCGGUGACAAUCCAGUUGGCUGAGGUUGGGACGUUUGCAAAAUCCACAGAAUGUGAUUGUCAGAUGGAAGAAAAGCAAUCGGAGAGGACACGAUAUAAAGAAUCACUGUGCCUGUGUCUAAAGUCAUGUUGGUUUUCAGUCAUGUCUCCCUUACCUUUGUAGUGUAAAUGCUGACAGCGGUCUUUUUAGACUGCGAGCUUCUAGUAAAGCAAGCACUUUUCUGGUGACAAAUGUGAUGAAACUUUGAAGAUCUGCCAAUCUGUGCCCCAGCUGGCAUGGGGAAGGCAGACGCAUCGAUGACGUUCAUAGUUGCAAUGAGGUAAUCAUGAUACUCUUUUGAAUGAAGAAAACGAGGAGGCAUGAUGCUUAAAAUCUGCAUUCGUUCUCUGCGCAGUGAGAACGACGGAUGAGACGCAAGCUGAAUUUGGAGGUGGAUGGGCUGUAUAUUAUUGUAUGAUUAGUGUAAGUAUUUUGUAAAAUAGCGAUAUCAUGUGAAGCGGUUAAAGAGACACUAUAUAGGUUGUACAUAUUUAAAGGGUAGCGAGGUAGUUGGAGGAGACCACAUCCUUUUUUUAUGCCGUUAAGCCGGAUCACUCUUACGAUAUUUAUCUGACAAAUGGA